AUGACUCAUCCGGAAAGAACUCAGUCAGAGGAUGAUUGGACAAUCUUUGUUGAUGGAUCUUCAAAUCUUAAAGGAAGUGGAGCUAGAAUUAUUGUUGAAAGUCCUCAAGGCGUCACGGUGAAACAUUCUAUUCAUUUUGGAUUCAAAGCCUCUAAUAAUCAAGCGAAAUAUGAGGCAAUUCUGGAUGGAUUAACAAUGGCAAAAGACUUGGGGGCAACGAGAGUAAUCUUGAAAAGUGAUUCACAGUUGGUGGUAGUGCAAGUACAAGGAACUUACCAAGAAAAUGAGGUCUUGAUGGCAAAGUAUUUAGACAAGGUACGUUUGUUGUUAGUUGAUUUUGAAAGUUUUGAAAUUGAACAUAUCCCAAGAGAGAAGAACGCCAGGGCUGAUAUUUUAUCCAAGCUUGCUAGCACCAAAGUCUCUAGGAAUAAUAGAUCCGUCAUUCAACAAAGUGUUCCCAAUCCAAGCAUUGUGAUGGCUGUCACCAAGCGCAAAGCUCGUCCCUUUCACGGUACAGAACACAUGAUAGAUGAUGAUGAAAUAUAA